CCAGGCUUCAACAUUGGGAUGACGAAGUCGCCAAAGAGGGCAGACAGACAUGUAUAAUACAAUGCACACGCGGCCAGACUGAGCGACGACGACCGCGAGCUUGAACCUCCUGGUCCCCUCACGAUGAUGCCGAUGCAGGGCUACGCGCCCACGCCGCACAGCUAUGUGCCCAACACGGCCAUGUCGGCCACCAUCAGCCUCGACGAGGAGGUGCGGCUGGCCGACACGCGCGCCGAGCGCGACCUGCAGGACUCGCUCGCCGAGAUCUUCUCCAUCAUCGUCACCGUCGACGAGCUCGAGAAGGCCUUCCUCAAGGACGCCAUCCCUGAGUCGGACUACACCGACAUCUGCGAGCGCUCCCUCAAGCAGUAUCGCUCUAUCCUGGCCGACGAGACCGUCGCAGCCGCCUUUGGCGACCUCGAGGAGUUCAAGGCCGAGUGGGACCUCGAGGUCCCCCGGGCUACAGAGCGCAUCCGGGUCGGCAUGCCCGCGACGGCGGUGCAGGCCUCAUCCGGCGGCGGCGGCGUCAACCGCAUGAGCGGGCCCGGCGACAUGGGAGGCGGCGGGGCCGGGAGCGCGCCCGGCGGAGCCCUGAUCCUGGAGGCCACGCAGGACUUCAUCACGUUCCUCGACGCCCUGCGGCUCGGCCUGCUGGCAAAGGACCAGCUGCACCCGCUCCUGACGGACGUGAUCCAGUCGGUCAACAAGGUCACGGAUCGCGACUUUGAGAACCGCGGCAAGAUCGUGCAGUGGCUCAUCACGCUCAACCAGAUGAAGGCCACCGAGGAGCUUAGUGACGUCCAGGCCCGCGAGCUGGAGCUGGACAUCAACUCGGCUUACCAGGGCUUUAAAAACAUUCUGUCUUAGAGAGCAUGUGUUUCGUGGUUGGCACGAAAACAAUCCUGUUAAUAUCUUCCCCCCUCCGGAUGGGUCGGGCAGUCUGGCUUGUUUGGAGUAGUCGAUAUAGGGGCAUGUGUGGCCCAAUUAUACCAAAAAGGUCCAGAAGCUAGGAUAGACAAAUUCCUCCUCGAAUAUUCUCCUGACCUGCUCGAGCA